CCUACCUGACUUCCGCAAUGUAAUCCUACCUGUGGAGGUGAGGAGGGGUGCUGUCCCGAUAACAAACCGGCGUUUAUUCAAAUUUGCCCCCCAAAAAACACUCAAAACAAUCAGAACAGUAUCGGGACUGGCUGCCUUGUACUUUCUGUGACUUUCAGCAUGAUGAACAUGAGGAGAGUCGCAAGAAUAGUUUUGAGUGUGGGACAAGCUGAGGGAGUCGGUGCUCAUGUCCGAAGGAGCAUUGGUAGAAAGGAGCUGAGGAACCUGGAUCCUUUUCUGAUGUUGGACGAGUUUAGAGUGAGCAAGCCGUCAGGUUUCCCAGACCACCCUCACAGAGGAUUUGAGACGGUAACUUAUGUUUUAGAGGGGAUGACAGCCCAUGAAGACUUCUGUGGCCAUUCAGGACAACUGAAACCUGGAGAUCUGCAAUGGAUGACUGCAGGACGGGGAGUGGUCCAUGCUGAGAUGCCCGUGUCAGAGGAGCCGGUGGUGGGCUUACAGCUAUGGGUGAACCUGCCGCGACGAGACAAGAUGGUGGAACCAGCGUACCAGGAGCUCCGAAGCUCAGAGAUCCCCAAACCAAGCCAGGGAGGAGUUACAGUUGCUGUGAUAUCUGGAGAAGCUUUAGGAGUGAAGUCCAGGGUCUUCACAAGGACACCAACCCUGUACCUGGACUUCAGACUGCAGGCAGGAGCCCAGUACGUCCAGCCAGUCCCCUCAGGAUGGACUACAUUCAUCUACACCCUAUCGGGAUCCGUUCAUGUUGGCCCAGAUCAGGAGCAGCAGAAGGUGGAGCCCCAUCACACAGUGGUGUUUGGAGAUGGAGACUGUGUCAAAGUUGAAAACAAGGACUUUGAAGUUUCCCAUUUUGUGCUGAUUGCUGGAGAACCAAUCAAAGAGCCCGUAGUACAACACGGUCCAUUUGUAAUGACCACAGAGGAAGAGAUCAGACAGACUAUCAAAGAUUACCAGACGGGCAGAAAUGGCUUUGAAAGGGCCAUUAACUGGAGAUCCAAGAUCCGAGAUUCUGUCUGAACACUACAUGUUGCACUCUUGUCCCUGAUGAAGAUGUUUGCCUUACUUGUUUGACAUAUUACUAGAGAUACUCCCUUCGUGUCCAAUGUGUGAAAAUGUGCAUAUUUAUUUUUCAGGAUACAUGCUGUACAUUCUUACAGGUCAUUAAGUUUUCUCCAACCUCUGUUUUAACAUGUUACAUGUAGAAGAGCUUCAUGUGGGAGUGGAGUUUGUAGUUUACCCCUUCUCCCUUGUAAAACAUAGAUUUUAGGGAAAAUGUGCUUCUAACUGCUCUCCACUCCCCUUGUUAAAUUUAAGGUUUAUGACAUUUUCCUUCUGCUGUUCAAGAUAACACUGUAGUUCAGCUGGUAUUAAAUUCUGAAACAAUGUUUUGUACAAGUUGCACACUGUUGUUAUGAAAAUAAUUUAACAUACUGUAAGUAUGAAGGUUUUACAAAUGUCUUGAUGUUAAAGAAACAUUCACGUAAUUUAUCCAGCUGCUGUAAAACAAAAGUAACCAGUUUUCCAGCUGCUAGAUAACCUCUAUAACCAAAACCUCCAUAGAUGUCAUAAAAACAUUGUUUUAAAAAUA